UGAGGGCAAGAAGAGGGUCCGCACGGCUUCCACAAGGCAGCAGCUGACCCAGCAUCGCCUUGGCUUGGAUCUGUCAAAGCGAAGACUCAUCUGCUCACAAGCCUCAACUUCAACCGAGCAAACCAGCCGCGAGGAUGCAGCGCCUGAUGUCACAGCCGCUGGGUCAGCCCGUCAACAUCGGGCUGGUGGGCUUCGGCACCGUCGGCGGCGGUGUGGUGGAUCUGCUCAAGACCAACCCCAAUGUGGCCUUCAAGCGCAUCAUCGUCAAGAGUCCCAGCAAGAAGAGGGACGUGGACAUCCCCAAAGGCUGCCAGGUCGUCACCGACUGGAAGAGCGUCGUGGAGAGCAAUGACGUCGAUGUGGUGGUGGAGGUCAUGGGCGGUACGGGGCUGGCCAAGGACAUCGUCAUGACGGCCAUGCAGAACGGCAAGCACGUCGUGACGGCCAACAAGGCGCUCCUCAGCAAGCACCUCGACGACCUCGUCAAGGUGCAGAAGGAGCACCCCAAGGUCUACCUGCUCUACGAGGCGGCCGUGUGCGGCGGCAUCCCCAUAAUCAACGUCUUCUCCCGCUCAAUGGCGUGGGACGACGUGAGCAAGAUCGUGGGCAUCAUGAACGGCACCACCAACUUCAUCAUGACCGAGAUGGAGGAGGACCCCAGCAAAAAGUACGAGGCCGUCCUCGCCGACGCGCAGAACAGGGGCUACGCCGAGGCCGACCCGUCCGCCGAUGUGGAGGGGUGGGACGCCAGGUCGAAGCUCUGUCUGCUGGCCAAGCUGGCCUUCGGGCUGACCAUUGACGAGGACAAGGUCUACUGCCAGGGCAUCAGCAGAAUCAAAGCCAUCGACUUCACUUACGGUCAGCCAACACAGAUGGGGAGGGAAGGGUCUGUCUGUCUGCACGUGUGUUCAAUGGCUGUGUUGGCGUGUGUAUGAUUGCAGCCAAGAUGGUGGGCCACACGAUCAAGCUGCUGGGUGUGGCAGAGAAGAGGCUGGCGGACGACGGCUCCGGUGCCCAAGUCGUCAACAUAUUCCUCUCGCCAUGCAUGGUGGGCAUGGGAGCCAAUGGAUGGAUGGAUGUGCUGCAGCAUGGUCAUGCUGUGCUGCUCGUUGUCUGUCUGUUCAGGUGUCUUUGUCCAACCCCAUCGGUCGCGUGAAUGGCGUCACCAACGUGGUCGAAGUCACCUCACACAACCUUGGUAACACACACACGCAUAAGACACGCCACGUCGCUCUGUCGAUGUUAGGUCGACGUGUCUGUGUCUGUGUGUGUUGUUUGGCAAUGUCAGGUCAGUCGUAUUACAUCGGUCCAGGUGCGGGUCGGUACCCCACUGCCAACUCAGUGGUGUCGGACAUACUCGACCUCACAUACCGCAUUCAAAACGCCGCGGACGGAGGUACCCCGUGGGUGGGUCGUCGUGAGUGAUACUAUGUGUGAGUGUGUCGUGAUGUGUUGUGUUUAGCGGUUGCUCCGCCGUGUUUCACGACAGAGAAGGUGGCCACGAACUACGAGUCGGACUUCAAGGCCGACUUCUACCUCAGGUAGGUACAUGGCUGAGGCGGGUGGAUGGGCGGACUCGGAUCAUGGCAGCAUCUCUCUCUCUCUGUGUGUGUGCGCGUGUGUGUGUGUGCAGGUUCAUUGUAGAUGACAAGGUGGGUGUGAUCCACAAGGUGUCGGGCCUCAUGGCGCAGUUCGGCGUCUCCAUCUUCUCCAUACUGCAGGUAAGUGAGUCAAAGAAUGAGGAGUCAUGGGGGAGGAGGAUGGUCUCCAUCAACAUGGCUCAUGUGUCAUUUCUCUCUCUCUCUCUGUGUCACGUCAUGCAGGCGCCCAUCACGAACCCCAAGCAGGUGCCCUUCGCCAUCAUCACCGAGAGCUGCCGACUCUCCACGGUCAGUGUCGUCUGCCUCUCACACAGAGGGAGAGAGAAAGAUGUAUGUACUGCUCAUUGGUUGCUGUUUGUGUGUGGUGUGUGGUAUAUCUCAUGUGUGUGCAGAUCCGCCAGGUGUGCAAGAAGCUGGCAGACGGCCGCAGGGGAGAGUUUGAUUUCCUCCUCGAGGACCCCUUCUUCGCACCCUACCUGGGAUAAGAAGACACGGCUGCCUGAUGUUCGUGCUCUGCCUGCCUGUGGGCCUGGCCGCUCCGUUGAUGUGUGGAUGAUGUCAUGUCACUUUAUUUGGGUGGGUGACGGCCUGCCUGUUGCCACGUGGUUUUGAUGUAUUUAUUUCUUCAUGUCGCGGGCGGUAUGGCAUGGCAUCGCAUUCUUGAGCGAUAUACCCUGGCUGUGUUGUUGUUGGUCUGUGUGUGGGACUGACGGCGGUAAUUGUCUCGUUGAAUGCACCUCUGAGUCGG